AUCACGCGGCCUAUUACUCUCCCCGUACACCGGUGCCCGGUCUAAGUUUACAGCUGGACAUCCCAUACCGAGUGACACAGCCCGUACCGACGCAUUGAGAUCAGUACGUUCAACGACCGACCGAACACAACUGUUUGUUUGUUAUCUGCAAGUUGUCCGCGGUCACCACCCUCCACAAAUCGACGUUACGGUCCGAACUACCUCGCUCCACCAACGAUUGCCGUGGAAACACACCAUGGAGUCAUACGCCGAAAAAAACAGCGCAGAGUCGCAGCGCAAACCGGCGAUUGAGUCUGUACCGGGACAUUUGCCGUCGCAGCGAGACAUCCUGAGUUCCCACUACCCGGUCCUCCACCACUCGGAUCACCCGUUACUGAGAACGUGCCCAAGUCCGACAUCGGAGACAACUUCACACACGUCAAACGACCUAGAUGAAGAUGAACAUUUAAUAGUCGAUGUCGACGAUGAUGACGAUGUUGGUAAAGACAACGAUAAUAACAACAUCAUCAAAAACAGUGACCACAUGACGAAUACGUCCACAGUUAGUUAUUUCACUUAUAAAGGAGAUAAUUCUCUGGACAGCAAUCAACCGAGGCGGUACCGCACCGCCUUCACCAGAGAGCAGUUAGCGAGGUUGGAAAAAGAAUUCCUCCGCGAAAAUUACGUGUCUCGUCCAAAACGAUGUGAACUAGCAGCAUCACUGAAUCUACCUGAAACAACAAUCAAGGUUUGGUUUCAAAACCGUCGGAUGAAGGACAAGCGCCAGCGUAUGGCAUUGGCAUGGCCACACCCGGCUGACCCGAGCUUUUACAAUUUUAUGCUGAACGCCUCACGAUUUGGAUAUCCCGGCAUGCCAUUGCCAUAUUACCACCCAGCGAUGUCGUCAUUUCCGACCGCUGCACCACCACCGCCACCGCCACCACCUCCACCACCAGCUUCUAUGUACAGUAACUAUGCGAUGCAUCUGCGAAACCGUGCGGACUUGCUACGUAGUCUGUCGCACCCGUACGCAAGAUUGGGCUCCCCGAUCGAUCUUCUACACAGAAACGGAUCAUCGUCAUACCCGCGACUUCCAACCAGUAUGUCGACGCCAUGUUCGUGCCCUUACGGAAUACUGUGCACGCGGUCACACCAGCAAACAUCGCCGUGUGCACCUGACUGUCACGUGACGUCAUCGCCGGUCUCGCGAGAUUCAACAGACACUGUUGUUGCAGCAUCAUUAAGUAGUACGCCAACCACAAGUCAUUUUACCAGUACAUAAUAUGAUGAAAAGUGGACACAAAGACAUUCUCAACUGUGACAAUGAAUCAAAAUAUUUUAUAGCAAACAGAUUGUAUUAUUUUACUUGAACCUACUAGUAUAGUGAAUACAGUGACCGUUGGUGGGUGACUGGUUGGAAAAUGGUAACAUUGUUACUCUUAGCCGAUUAUUAUUUUACAAAUAGGACUUUAUCUGGCCGAGACAAGUAAUGUGGUGAAUUACAUGUAGGCGUGAAAUUUUAUAAUAUAUUUACAAAACAUUAACCCUGGAACUUUGAACCCCUCACGUUUCAUUUAAAUCCAAAGAAUACGCUUUCAUUGGGUAAUUAAUUACCCGCGAGUCUUUGCGGUUUUUAUUUUAAUCAUUGGCUGAUUUACUGCCGUGAUUCCGUUUACGCGAAUUCUUUUCCAUUGUCAUCUGAAAUUUUCGAAAGAAUAAUUUAAAUCUUAAAAAACAUUCGUGCCUUCAUGAAAUUCACUAUAUAUAUAACUUUGAGUAUAUUUACAUUAUACUUAGUACGUACAUGUAAACCUAAGCGCAUGCGUAUUUUCAGUAAUUUAUCAUUUCAUAAAAUACUUGGUACUUACUUUUCAUGCAAGCAAUAUUCAAAUUAUACUCAAAGUUAUCUAACUUGUCUCUUUAAUUUCAAGCGGGUGAGUCGUCACUUGCGCAUGCGUCAGAUGGCCAUAGCAUGUCAUUGUUUACAAACAAGCGUCUACCCAUGAGGCUUUGCGUUUUUAGCGUGUGUUGUUGUGACUCAAUUUCCGCGCGUGCACAGGUGACGAACCUCCCGCUUUAAAGAGGUUUGAGCCGAAUUGAAGAUUAUAUGUCAUGUUCGUCAAAGAAUUUGGGUCACCGGACUAUUUUUCGAGAUAUAAAAUUCUCAAAUGUCAUGGAAAUGUUCCAAAUUGUUAUUUUUACACGGAUAUAAAUGAUGAGACUAUUUCUUUAUAUCUCAAAAUUUCGUUGAAAAUGGAUGAAAAGAUCAUAGACUACUUUUGAUAUGAAUCCUAAUAUUUAGAAAAAUGACAUAUAAUUUAGUAAGUUUCUAUAGUGAUAAUAGUUUUCCUUUACAUACAAGAUGAGGUUAUUUCCCAUAAUGCAUUGCGCAUAUGCGCAGUGACAUGCUCAGUGGUGAAACAUUUGAAUUUGGCUCAAACUGACUUAAUGUGGCAAAGCAUAGUUCCUAUGGGCGAAGUGAAUUUUGGACAAACAUUUGGAACUGAUAUGUCAUAUGACAACGUCCUCCAUGUUGUCACGGGGUAGAUAGUUUGCCACUUGCCACGCAUGUGAUGUGGGAAAUAAUUUCGAACAGUGACAGCGUGCUGAAUUCGUAGAAUAUGAAAUUUGCAUCCCACAAUGCACUAUCGUCUUCCGGAUUUGAAGUCACACAUCAAUGGCGACACCUGAUUUUGCCAGUAUGCGGUGUCAUUUUUGUUGUUGUAAAUAUGUGAAAUUUUAGGCACGAUUUUGUGAUGCCAUCGCAACUUCUGGGAUGUCUCUAUAUGACGUAAUUAUGAAAUAAAUGUUUAAAUCAUGGUA